AUGACGAGCUUAGCUUACGCAGACUUCCAAGAGGGGUUGCCCAGGGAAUUAUUGCUGUUUAAUUUGCCCCUGACACAAACAGCCGUGACUCGUAACUUUUACGUGGAUUGUAGACCCGUGUCUCAGAUAAGCGAAAACGGUCCCGUAGAAUUUAAUGUACCUGGAACUGGGGAUUACCUAGACUUGAAAAAAAGUUUGUUGUUUAUAAAAGCUCGUAUCUUCAAGACGGAUGGUACCACUAUCGGGGCGGAUGAGAAAGUGGGUCCUGUGAAUAAUUUUUUGCACAGUCUCUUUAAUCAGGUGGACAUAUCCUUAAACGGAAAACAGUUCCCGAGUAGCGGGGGCGCAACCUAUGCUUAUAAAGCUUACCUGCAGAAUUUGUUGAAUUACGGUGAGGAGGCUAAGCAAUCCCAACUCCAGUGCAGCUUAUUUUUUAAGGAUGAUGCGGGCUUCAUGGAUGUCACGGACCCCAACGGCGCUAAUUCGGGGUUAUAUUCGCGAACCGCAUUUUGUAAAGAAAGCUUAUCUUUUGAUUUAGAAGGGCCUAUCUUAGAAGAUGUGUGUCGACUUGAUCGUUUUGUGCUGAAUGGAGUGGACGUUAACAUUAAACUCUAUCGACAAAACCCAUCCUUCUGUCUCAUGUCCGCUGAGACUGACCCACACUACAAGGUCGUAUUUGAUGACGUCAUUUUCCGGGCUUGCAGAGUGCAGGUGUCACCAGGUAUCAUCGUAGGGCACACAAAGACUUUAGAAAUGACAACAGCCAAAUAUCCCCUAAUUAACACAGACCUUAAAGUAGCCUCUAUCGCCACCGGACAGACCCGGUUCAUCUGGGAUAACAUUUAUUUGACCCGCUGUCCCAGUAAAAUCGUUCUCGGACUGGUUUCCACGGAGGCUCAGACAGGGAGUUAUCUAAAAAACCCUUUUAAUUUUCAAACAUUUGGCGCUCGUCAUGUCGGCGUAUUUGUCAAUAAUGUGAGUGUCCCCGGGCAGCCUUACAAAAUAGAAGAAAACUGUUACAUCUCCGCUUACCGCAGUUUAUUCGAUAUUGUUGACAAAUCUCAAAUCGAUUCCGGGAACAACAUUGACCGAAAUGAUUGGAAAUAUGGAUACUGCCUUUACGGCUUUUCGUUACAACCUCAGUUUGGAAACACCGACACCCUCUCUUUGAUGAAUCAAGCAAGUGUUCGAUUAGAACUGGCCUUCGAUCAGGCACUUACAGAGACCGUUUCCUGCAUUCUUUAUGCAGAAUUCCCCUCGUAUUUUGAAAUAGACAAUACUAGAAAUAUAAUUCUUAACUCUAUAUCAUGA